AUGUCAAAUCUUCUUCUCAUCAUUCGCCUCCUACUCUUGCUCUCAACCUCCGCUCCACCAUCGCUCGGUCUUGCUCAUCAGUCCACCUCAAUCUCCGCCUUCCGCCAUUGCCUGCAGAACCACAACCGCUCCGACGCCGUUCUCUACCUCCCAACCAACUCCUCCUUCCUCCCAGUCUUAAACGCCUACAUCCACAACAAACGGUUCAUCGGACCCGCCACCGCAAAACCCUUAGCCAUCGUCACCCCGACCCACGAAUCCCACGUCCAAGCCACCGUCCUCUGCGCCAAAGCGAACAACCUCCAGAUCAGAACCCGCAGCGGCGGCCACGACUACGAGGGCCUCUCCUACCGCUCCCCGUCCCCUUUCAUCCUCCUCGACCUAAACAACCUCCGCAGAAUCGAACUCGACGUCGAAACCGAGACCGCGUGGGUCGAAGCCGGAGCCACGCUUGGCGAGCUCUACUACGCCAUCGCCAACAAGACCAACACCCUCGCCUUCCCCGCCGGCGUCUGCCCUUCCAUCGGCGUGGGCGGCCACUUCGCCGGAGGAGGGUACGGCAACCUGCUGAGGAAAUACGGCCUCUCGGUGGACAACGUCAUCGACGCGCGCGUCGUGAACGCGCGUGGCGAGAUCCUGAACAGAUCGACGAUGGGCGAUCUGUUCUGGGCCAUACGCGGCGGGGGCGGGGCCAGUUUCGGUGUCAUCCUGUCGUGGAAGGUCAAGCUGGUCCGCGUCCCCGAGGUCGUCACCGCAUUCCAGGUGGACCGGUGGCUCGACCAGGGCGCGUCGGACAUAUUCUACAGACCUCGACACUGUUACAGGUGGCAGCAGGUGUCGACGAAUCUUAGCAAAGACAUUUUCAUCAGGGCGAUGCCCCAAGUGGUGACAACCCCUGAAAACAAAACCAAAGUCAUGAUAUCUUUUGUUGGAGAGUACCUGGGACGGACCAAGGAUCUGGUCCGUUACCUGUCUCGGAGCUUCCCUGAGCUAGGGUUCAGGGAAGUGGACGGGAAGGAAAUGAGCUGGGUCGAGACCGUCUUGUUUUGGGCGAUGAUCCCUGUCAACAAACCACUGGAGGUGCUACUCAACAGAAAAUCGGAGCCAUCGUAUUUCAAGAGCAAGUCUGACUACGUCACUGAGAUCAUCCCGAGGGAGGCGCUCCCCGGGAUCUGGGACGCCCUGCUGAAGGUCGGGCCGUGCUUCACGCAGUGGAACCCGUACGGCGGGAGGAUGGCGGAGAUCGACACGGACGAGGCGGCGUACGCACACAGGGCGGGCUACUUGUUCAAGGUGCAGUACUAUGUGUGGUGGGUGGAGGACGGCGAGGAAGCGGAGGCGAGGCACGUCGGUGCGCUGGACGCGCUGCACGAGGCGGUGACGCCGUACGUGACGAAGGAGCCGAGGGAGGCGUACCUAAACUACAGGGAUCUGGAGAACGGGGUGAACUCGGUUGAGAAGCCGGAGUGGAGCAAGGCGAAGGUGUACGGGGAGAAGUACUUCAAGGGCCAUUUUGAGAGGCUGGCCAAGAUUAAGGCUGAAUUCGAUCCGGAGAAUUUCUUCAGGGACCAACAGAGCAUUCCGCCGUUCCCUCAUUCGCAUUGA